UGUUAUAAAGCCAUUGCUACCUGAAGAUAUAGUUCAUAUCUUCAGGUAGCAAUGGGCUUAACAUUGCUACCUAACAGGUUAAUAACAGAGCAUUGUAUUUUUGUCACGCAACUUCCUCAUACAGUAGGAGUUGGCGACUCAUUGCUGCCCUACUUUAGGAGUUUGUUAUCUACAGAUAAUGGAGCCGAUUCAAUCACCUGAAACUGCAGACAUUCAGCCACUGUCUCCCUCUGUUCCUGUUCCUCCCACCCUGAGAGAUGGAGAGUGUUACCAUGUCUUCAUUAGCUACAGCAGCACUGACUGCCAGUGGACCCACUGCCUCAUCGACCAGCUGGAGGCCUGCGGCCUGCAGGUCUGCUACCAUGAGCGAGACUUCACCCCCGGCCGCACCGUGUUGGAAAACAUGUCCGACUGCAUCCAGGAGAGCCAGAAGGUCCUGCUGGUUCUCAGCCCAGAGUUUGUGAGGAGCCGCUGGUGUCUCCUGGAGGCCAACAUGUCUUUGUUCAGUCCCAGUACUGCUGAAGCCAGGAGUCUCCGUUCCUCUCCACCUCUGCCACCUCACCUACCUCGAGGCCAACGGCCCCGACUUCAAGAAGAAGCUGCUCAAGGUGCUCUGCACCCCCAACCAGCAGCUUCAAGGGUCCACUGUGCUGCCCUUCCAUCCCCCCUCCAUCUACAACGGGAAGGCCCUGCAGCCGUUGAUUGCUGUAAAUGAGGAGAGACUCAAUAAAUGGGAUUGUGGUCAGUUCAGUGACAUGGAGGUACCAGACCAGCUACGCCUGAUCAUCGAGGACCAAGAGAAGUACAGAAAGGCUGUGAGGACGAUCAACAGGGUUUCUCAAAAUAAGCGACCACACUGGGUUACAGUUAUGAUGUUAAUUGCUGCUGCGAUAAUGUGUUUGUCUUUGCUCGCUCCAUCAACUUAUAUGUUAAUCAUGUCAAAUGCUUAUAACAUACAUGUGAACAAAACUCUUUGGGCGAUCGUUUGUUGUAGUUUGUAUUGUUUAUUCUUUGCGACGGUAAUUCAGUUGUCUCUCUCGAAAAAGGACCAAGCGAAGUACAUAGUCCGGGAGAUGCAGAAAGCUUUGGGCCAGGCAAACAUCAUUCUGUGUGAUGAGAAGGUGUUAAUGGGCUCUCAGUCAAAUUCAAAAAUCUAUCUGGUGUAUGUUUCUCUGAACGGUUGCAAACAUGAGUUUGCAGAAACGUUUUCUGAUCAGGUUUGUCCUGAAGAAAUGUUUCAAAAAGCUCUGCUGUACUUCUCAUCAGGUUACGCCUGCUGCCUUGCUAAAAGACACUUCCCCUUUCCCCUGCCCAGCUCCACAGGUCACCUGGAGGGAGGGGUGUGUUUCUGUUAGUACGUGUCCCAGCAGCUGAGUGUGGACCAAUGGGAGUAGCAGUGUCCACAUGUGUGACCUAACUAUUUAAUAAUAACUGGAUCAUCAUGAAAUGUCUGCAUUAUUAUAAGACACUUAGUCCCACUGAAGGCACAGCGACUUUAUUCAUGUUAGCCCUCAGAUAUCAGAAUGAGUCUCUUUCACAAACCUUCACCUGCUUCACAAAAGCAUGAACGGUGAGCAGGAUGUUUCUCACCUCUUACUUCCUGACUUUACUUUCAGUUAUUUGCCAUCCGCACCAUGCGAUCACUCUUCAUUGUAAUUGCUGGAAUUAAGGUUGUCUAAAUCAGGUACGAACAUGCAUUGUUUUGCGAAUAUUUUUGUUUUCUGUGAAUUUAGUUUUGAUACGUAAACUGAGCUUCAUCAUUCUGUUGUUUUUAGAAACAUCAAUCGAGGUAUGAAAGCUUCUGUGUCCUCAAGCUAUCUUUUGGGUGAAUCACCUUCCUGAUUGACUUGUUCUUCUGUUAUUUCCAAUGUGUAUGUUUCUUUAUAUCUUGAAUGUUUAAAACUCUGACAAACUC